AUGUGGGUUCAAUCCAUCGGCUUCCUCUUCGACCACCACAAGCUCUUCAUUGGUGCCAAGAAGAUUGCCCAAUGGGAUGAUGCCAUUGAUCAAUUAGCCAUUGCUUUCGAUGGAGAGCCUUUGUUCCUACCUACCACAAAGGAUGCCCAAUGGACAUCUGCGGCUUCUGCCCUCACCAUCACUCGCUCAGGCAGAGCUAAUGAGAUCUUAGUGGAAGCAGCCAACGAGUUCAAAAUCACAGCCAAAGUGGUUCCCAUAGGCAAGGAGGAAUCCAAGAUCCACAACUACGGCAUAACUGACGAUGACUACAUCGCUCAUCUCGACCUCAGCUUCAGGUUCUACUCUCUCAGCAGCGCCGUCAAUGGGGUGCUGGGUCAGACCUAUGCAGACAACUACAAGAGAAGAGCCAAGAUGGGCGUGAAGAUGCUGGUGCUCGGCGGCGAUCGCGAGUUCUUGUCUUCGGGGCUCUUCGCCACCGAUUGUGCAGCGGCACAGUUUAAGAGCACUGGACGCAUCAUGAUGGAGGAGGUGUUCACCAUGAUGAGGAACUUGAGUGCAAGAACAGCUUGA